UUCACUUGUGAUUAUGAAGUACAUGUUAAUAUUUCAAAAUUGUUCGAAAGAGGAUUAGAAUUUAGUGUCAACAAAGUAGCAUGUGCUUUUGCUUUGCAUAGCCUACUGGACAGGGCGAGUUGCUACUCUUUACCACCACAACCUCACUCAGAGUUAGGGGUGUAAAGGUAAAAGUUACAUCACAUAAAACAACUGAAGAAGAGCCACAGAUCCCAACCAGUCAACUGAAGAAGAAGAAGAAGAAGCAGCACAUUUUGAAGGGAUAGGGCACUUUGGAAACAAAAAGAGCGAAAUGAGCGAAACAGAGAAGAACCCACUGUUUGAAAUUUGAAGAGACAGAGACUAAGAAAGAUGGAAAGAACGGAAAAAGGAGUGGAGAGAGAAGGGAAAGGCAAAAAGCAACAAGAAUUGGAGGGUAGAACUAGAAAAAAGUUCAAACGCGGGAUUAUACUGGUAGGGAAAAGAGGAGGCCCAUCUACUCCAUCGCCCACUUGGAGGCUUGAGUUCUCUUCUCUGGAUGGUAAUAACGGCAGCAACCCUGUUCAAGAAUACCUCAGUACCACCACUACCGUCUCUGCUAGAAAGCUAUGUGCCAACCUUUGGGAGAUUCAGCCGGAGCUCCAACUUUCACUUUCCAAAAUGAGCAAAAAUAUUGGCUCUAGACGAGGUCGCCGUGGCCACCACAAGACAAACAAGGCUUUUGAGCUCCGCACUCAUUUGGUCGACCCUCCUAAUAACUUACUUGAUCAGCCAGCAAUUGCAAGUCCCUCAAGGAGACAUGUUGCACAAUCAUUGUUGCAACACCAUGUAUCAGCUGAUAGAAACAGUCGUGCUAUACGGUCCCUAUCUUCUGCAAGUUGUGCUAGCUCAAUGGAGGUAGCGCCUUAUAAACCUUUGGGUAUGCAGUCUUCCAGUUUCUUGGAUUUUAAGUGCAGGAUGGAUGAGUCAAGUUAUGGCCUUAAGACAUCAACAAAAUUACUCACGGUAAUCAACCGGAUUUGGAGUCUUGAAGAACAGCAAGCGUGCAAUUUGUCAUUGUUAAAAUCUUUAAAAAUGGAGCUGGAUCAUUCUCGUUCACAAAUAAAGGAGUUGCUCAAAGAGAAACAAACUAACAGGCAGGAAAUAGAUGACUUAAUGGAGCAAGUUACAGAGGAUAAAGUUGUCAGGAAAAAUAAAGAGCAUUAUAGAAUCAAAGCUGUCAUUAAGUCAGCACAAGAAGAGCUAGAAGAUGAGAGGAAGUUAAGGAAGCACUCAGAGAGCUUGCACCGGAAGCUUGCUCGUGAGUUUUCUGAAGUGAAAUCUGCUUUCUCUAAUGCUUUGAAAGAACUUGAGAGGGAGAGGAAAGCACGGAUUUUAUUGGAAAACUUAUGUGAUGAGUUUGCCAAGGGAAUAAGAGAUUAUGAACAAGAGGUGCAGUCCUUAAGGCACAAAUCUGAGAUGGAUCUUGUUGGUACUGACUGCUUGGUUCUUCAUAUUUCAGAAGCAUGGCUUGAUGAGAGGAUGGAAAUGAAACUAGCAGAAGCUGAAAAUGAUCUUACUGAAAAGAAUACAAUUGUUGACAAGUUAAGUCUAGAUAUAGAAACCUUUCUCCAAGCUAGACACUCCAAUGAAUCGAAGAAAGAUGGUAGAUUUGUUAAUGAGGCAAUAAACAAUUGCUCACGGCGGGAGUCCUUUCCACUAAAUGAGGCUGUAAGUGCACCUCGACAUGCUGCUGAUGAAGAAGAUUCUAUUGAUAGUGAUUCACCUUGUUUUGAACUAGACAAGAGUACAGGUAAAAAACAAAACACAGGCAGCUCCAAAUGCCGAGGUAAUAAUUCUGCAGAAAGCCUUCUUGAGGAAAUAAUGAAUUUGGAUUCUAUGAAGAGAAUGGCUGGAUCAAGGGAUAAUAGUAAGGGCCGUAUUGUGUAUGCGCAAUUGAACUCAAAUGAUGUGCUGGAUAACUUGAUUCGAAAUCGUUCAUUGUCAUCUGAAGGUGAUAAAAUUCAUCCUGAAGGUGAUUUUAAAGAAGAUUCUUCUAUUCAGCCAGUGAUUGCAGGACAUACAAGUCCAGUGCAGCAUUGGAUGUCAAAAUUGGCAUGUCCAGAAUUUGAUAAAUCUGAUUCUUCUUUGAAAUUACCUAUGGGCGUAAAGGAGAAUACUUUGAAGGCAAAACUACUUGAAGCUAGAUUGGAAAGCCAGAAAUCUCGGUCAAAAGUGUCUAAAGUUUUCUCUUAGUUAGGAGAUGCAUGGGAGAGGUAGAUAUGCCUGAAAUUAAAUAACAUGGUUUUUUAGGAAGAACCUUUUGUAUACCUGUGGUGGGCAAGAUCUUCAAUCUCUACAUAUUUGGUUUUGUAAUGUUUCCAAGUAGAUGGUAUGUUAGUUUUGCACUUGUAAAUCUUGAAAUCACCUUUGUAGAUGGAAAAUGUGUUGGAGCUUGCAUGGUGACAUGGAUAUGAGCUGGGAGCUAGAAUGUUUUCUAUUCCACUUAAACCUUAGAAGUCAUUUGAAUUA